CCGCCGGGCAUGGCCAUGGCCCCGGCCCCGGCCCCGGCCCCAGCCGGUCCCCCGCCGGGGGGCACCUCCGCGGGGGAGAUGGAGCGGUACUACUGCCUGCUGCGGGCCGCCGCGCUGCUGGAGGCCGCCGCCGCCGAAACUGCAAUACCCAUCUGUGCAAAGGACAUCAGCGAUGAUUUGAUGAAGGAGUUUGCUUUUCUUUCUGGUGGCCGAGGGAAGGACAAGGCUUGGAUCAUCACCCUCCCCGACAACGCUCGCUUCAACGAGGUGCCCGAGGAGAUCGUGUCCAAAGUCUUAACGUACCUAACGUCAGUCCCAAGUCAACAUGAGUCUGACACCAAAUUUAUCCUAAUCCUGGACAGAAGAUUGGACACAUGGACAUCUGUCAAAAUGACUCUCCAAAAAAUAGCAGCGUCUUUCCCAGGGAACCUGCACUUAGUGAUGGUCCUUCGUCCCACGGGGUUUUUCCAGCGCACCUUCACUGACAUUGGAUUUCGGUUCAGCCAGGAGGAUUUUCUACUCAAGUUACCGGUCGUUAUGCUGAGCUCCGUUAGCGACCUGCUGAUGUACAUCGAUGAGCAGCAAUUAACCCCGGAGUUUGGAGGCACCCUGGAGUACUGCCACAGCGAGUGGGUCAUCUUCAGGACUGCAAUAGAGAGUUUUGCACUAACCGUGAAGGAAAUUGCACAGAUGUUACAAUCCUUUGGCACGGAGCUGGCGGAGACCGAGCUACCAGAGGACAUGUACUCCAUCGAGCGCAUCCUGGCCCUGCGCACGGAAAAAUACUUCCAGCUCAAGGAAGAUAUUACAGCAGUCACAAAAGAGGGAAACUUGCUUUUGAGCAGCUUUGAAGAGCCCGAUGCCGGGGAAUGCAGUCAGGACCAGCACCACGAGAGGCCUGGGGACUGGGAGACCGUGAAUCGGUUACUGGGUCAGCUGCGGGAGAUGGAGACGGCUUUUGAUGGCUUCUGGGAAAAACAUCAGUUAAAAAUGGAGCAGUAUUUACAGCUGUGGAAGUUUGAGCAAAGUUUUCAAGAGGUCAAGAAUGCCAUUGAAUUUUUAAUGGGUCAGCAAGCGGAGCUGCCCGACACUGGCGACAGCGUCCCCCAAGUAAAGCAGAGGCUCAAGGACCUGGAUCACUUCGAUGGUAUGGCUCAGGACCUGAUAGGGAAGGCUCAGGUGGUGAUACUCCACGGCCACCAGCUAGCAGCAAAUCACCACUACGCCCUCAACUUGAUCUGCCAGCAAUGCAACGAGCUGCGGCACCACUCCGAUGUCUUGUCCGAUGAGAUCAAAAGGAAGCAGAUGCGACUGCAGAAGACCUUGGAUCUUCACACCCGCCUUCAGCAGGCUCUGCAGUGCUGUGACGAAGGUGCCUACCUGCUCGCCAACCAGCAGAUGGACAAGUGCCAGUCCAAAGAAGGCGCUCAGAAAGCUCUCCAGGACAUAGAGAGAUUUCUUGAAAGCUCUUCAGCCUACUUAAACUACGAUCCCCAAGCCCUCCACUAUGAUUUUGAGUCAGUCUUGACAUCAGAGUUGAAGUGCCAGAUACAGUCGGUGCAGGUCAAGCUUGAGAACGUCCGGAGCAUGUUUGAGAAUCGUCAGUCUUGCUUCAAGAAGCUGUUGGAUAAGCACGUGCGGCCGGUCCAAUUGGUAGCCCCUCGGCCAGAAAAUCCACCGAGAUCAAAAUCACCAUUAUUCUCUCCUAAACAUGGUGUGGAUUUUAAUUCCAGUUUGAAAUUUUCAUUUGAUCUCUCUCUCCCGGGGAAGAAAACGUCAAGAAAAACUCCGAGUUCUCGCAAGAUUGAAGUAAUGCACGACUACCAGGAGAAACGGAAUUCCUUGCAAUAUUUCAUUUCAGACAGUGACGACAGCUUGGAUAUACUAAAAGGUCACGUCAUAAAUGAGCUUAUAGAAACUGAGAGAGUGUACGUAGAGGAACUCUUCACUGUUUUGACGGGCUACAGAGCUGAGAUGGACAACCCUGCCAUGCUCAUCCUCAUGCCUCCCGUGCUGAGGAACAGGAAGGAUGUCCUCUUUGGAAACAUGCCCGAGAUAUACGACUUCCACAACAAAAUUUUCCUGCACAGUCUGGAAAGCUGCCUGGGAGCGCCCGAGAGAGUGGGAUUUUGUUUCCUAGACAGGCGGCAGGAUUUCCAGAUGUAUGAGAAAUACUGCCAGAACAAGCCCCGCUCGGAGUCCCUGUGGAGGCAGUGCUCUGAAAGCACCUUCUUCCAGGAAUGCCAAAGAAAAUUGGAGCACAAACUCGGGCUGGAUUCCUAUUUGCUGAAGCCAGUGCAGCGCCUGACAAAAUACCAGUUACUCCUGAAGGAGCUGCUAAAGUACAGCACGAGCUGUGAUGGAGUUCAGGAACUUCAAGAAGCUCUGGUUGCAAUGUUGGAUUUGCUGAAGUCAGUCAACGACUCUAUGCAUCAGAUUUCAAUCACAGGAUAUGAUGGUGACCUGAGCGAACUGGGGAAAGUGUUGAUGCAAGGAUCUUUCAGUGUUUGGACAGGACACCGAAAAGGUCCAACAAAAAUGAAGGAUCUUGCCAGGUUCAAGCCAAUGCAGAGGCAUUUGUUCCUGUAUGAGAAAGCCUUGGUCUUCUGCAAGAAGCGAGAGGAGCAUGGAGACGGAUACGACAAAACCUCAUCUUACAGUUUUAAGCAUUUUUUGAAAAUGAACGCGGUUGGAAUAACGGAGAAUGUGAAAGGAGAUCAUCGGAAAUUUGAAAUCUGGUAUAGUGGGCGAGAAGAGGUCUAUGUCGUGCAGGCCCAAACAGUAGAUCUGAAGAUGGCAUGGUUGAAUGAAAUAAGAAAAAUUUUGUUCAAGCAGCAGGAGCUUAUUAAAGUGGAGAAGCAGCAGCCCGGCUCCUGCACGGACCAGCUCCCACUCUCCUCCCAGCUGGGUGAUGGGAAGCAGCAGAGAGCCUCCAUAAGCUCAGAAGAGAACGAUUCAGAGCGCACCAGCCCGGUGAUGCUGGACAGUGGGCUCCCGUCCCCCCAGAACAAGCCCCACAGAAGCUGGCCAGGAAUGUCACAGUCCCUGGAGAUCUGCGAGGGGCUGGAGGAGUGGUCAGGAAACCAGUACCUCUCCAACUGCUCCGACACCGAAGAGGAGGAUGGGAACCAGCUGUCUCCAGGAAAAUACAAAGCCCUGGCGGACUGCAAGAGGAGAGGCUCAGAAGACCUGCUGGUGAAAAAUGGGGAUGAAAUUCAGCUUUUGCAUGAAGAUGGUGAGGGACAGUGGUUGGUGAAAAACCUAAACAGAAGAAAAGAAGGCUGGAUUCCUGUCCACAGUCUGCAGAUAGUGGUGGGGGACUGCAGAUACCGGAACGCCAAAGUGGCAGAUGCUGCCCUGUGUAACACGAGAAAGUUUAGUUCCCCUUGAAUUAAGGGUGAACUAGUAGCAUCCUAUUUUCGAUGCUCUUUGGAAGCUUUCGACUCAGUGUUACAGAGAACCAGCACAGUAGUUGGAGUUGUCCUGUACCAUCCAUCACAUUCCCAGACCUCCACAGCUUCAUCUGCACUCAACGGGACCGGGGUCCUAAGCAGCUUCUCAUAGUCAUAAAGGAAGCCAUUCUCUGCUCUUUCAUUUUUUUUACUCUCCUGUGGAAAGUACAGUAUUUUAUUCAUUUUACCUGCUGUUUUUUCCAUGACAUCCAUCACGUUUCAUCAGAGAAGUACACUACAGUUUCCUGACACUUUGUUUAGAUGCUUGAAGUUUCCUCUACAGGUUGAAGGCUACUUAUUAGCUGACAACUGUUGAAGUCGAUUGCAAAUAAAAGAGUUGAGUUUUGGUAAACCAAAAAAAAAAACAAAAAAACCACCAAAAACCAACCAACCAACACCAAACCACAAAGAAGCUGUAUGUCCUGCUUGAUUGAUUUUAUGGAUGGAUUUUUCUUAGAUAUCUACCUGAGCUAUGUGAAUGUAAUGUUCUGUACGAGCAUCAUCUGGCUGACUCACGUGUGAAGAUGCAAUAACGCUAAAGAUCCUCUUUUUUUUUUGCACUUAGGGCCUGAUUCCAGCCCAUUGCAGUCAGUCCCAUUGAUUUCAGUGAGGUUUGGGUCAGGUCACACUGACAACUCAGGGUUGUCACCAAUCACUUAGGGUCCCAAAGUGUCCCAAGGCUGAAACCUGUAUCUAGCAAGUGUUGAAGUUUACAUUAAAUGUAUGUACUUUUGGAACACGUGCCAUAAAUCCAAGUUAAAUGUCCAUGUUUGCACUAAGGAUGUUCUUGUGAUAAGACUCUACUUUUCAGCAUCUUUAACAAUAAUGUAUCUAUGGAAUUUUUGAGACAGAAGAAAAAAAAAAAAA